CGGUGACGCGCCUGUUGCUAUGGGAUCCACCGCCCCUAUAAAUAACUGAGGAAAGGAACUUUCCUAAGUCAGAGACUUUAGGACGCGGGGCCCAGAACCAGAUGGUCCGGAGGAGACGCGCCAGCUCCCGCCGCAGCACCCGGAGCGGUGAAGCCCCGCCGCGCCGCAGGAACUGAUCCGGCCCAGGUGGGCAGCGCAGCCGGGGGCCGUGCCCAGCGCCAGAGACUGAGGCAGGGUCCGGAGCCCCCCCACCCCGACGGCGGCAGCUCGAUCCUCUGCCGGGGGGGCCCCCCCUGCGUCGUCUUCUCCUCCCCGCAUCCCCCUUUGCUUUCAUGCAACGCCUGGUGGCCUGGGACGCAGCAUGCCUCCCCAUCCAGCCGCCCGCCUUUAAAUCGAUGGAAGUGGCUAAUUUCUAUUACGAGGCGGACUGUCUGGCUGCUCUCAACAAGCUGCACCCGCGGGCGGCCGGGGGCCGCUCCAUGACCGAGCUCACCGUCGGGGACCACGAGCGAGCCAUCGACUUCAGCCCCUACCUGGACCCCUUAGCAUCCCAGCAGCCGGCGCAGCCGCCUCCUCCCGCAGCAGCAGCAGGGGGCAACUUUGAGCCUCCCUGCAGCAGCGGCGGCGGCCAAGAUUUCCUUUCCGAUCUCUUCGCCGAGGACUAUAAAGGCAGCGGCGGGAGCAAGAAGCCCGACUACACCUACAUCAGCCUCGCCCGGCACAGCCACCCCUGCGCCAGCCAGAGCCACAAGCCGGGGGGGCUGCCGGGCUGCUUCCCGCCCCAGAUCGUGGAAACCAAAGUGGAGCCAGUCUUCGAGACCCUGGACUCUUGCAAAGGGCCCCGUAAGGAAGAAGGGGGAGCCGGGCCGGGACCGGGGGGCAUGUCCUCGCCCUACGGCAGCACCGUGCGCUCCUACCUGGGUUACCAGUCGGUGCCGAGCGGCAGCAGCGGGAACCUGUCCACCUCGUCCUCCUCCAGCCCCCCCGGCACCCCCAACCCCUCCGAGUCCUCCAAGUCCGCCGCCGCCGGCGGGGGCUACUCCGCCCCCCCGGCGGGCAAGAACAAGCCCAAGAAGUGCGUGGACAAGCACAGCGACGAGUACAAGCUCCGCCGGGAGAGGAACAACAUCGCGGUGCGCAAGAGCCGCGACAAAGCGAAAAUGCGCAACCUGGAGACGCAGCACAAAGUCUUGGAACUGACGGCCGAGAACGAGCGGCUGCAGAAGAAGGUGGAGCAGCUCUCCCGGGAGCUGAGCACCCUCAGGAACUUGUUCAAACAGCUGCCCGAGCCCCUGAUCGCCUCCUCGCCUCGCUGCUGACCCCCGGCCGGGCCGCGGGGCGAGCGGAGCCGCCGGCUCCUUGCCCUGCUCAGCGCUCCUCCCGGGCCGGGGCGAAGGGAGAGCCCGGGGGGGCGGGUUGGUUGGUUGGUUUUUAAUUCUGGUUUUUUUUUGGUCUUUUUUUUUUUUGGUCUUUAUUUACAUGUUGGCGGAGGGCCCCGCCGCCGCGCGGGAACCUCACCGGGGGCUGGGGGCUGUCAGCGGUGGGACCUCACCGGGGGCCGGGGGCUGUCAGUCAGCGGUGGGGCCCCGGCCCCGGGCGGGCUCUGCAGGCUGCUGGGCGCUGGGGUUAUUUAAAAGAGCGAGAGGAGAGCAAGGGCAAAGUGAUGCAAUCCUUUAAGCAUGGCUGGGAAUGCUGUGUACAUGAUGCAAUCUCGUGUAACUGUCAGUCAUGAAUUGAGUAAUCUGUUAAAGAUGUUCCUACAGUUUUUUUUAUUAUAAAGAAUAAUCUAUUUCUAUAAGAAAAUACAUAUGUAUAUUUUGGGAAUCUAUGCAUUCUUGCUACAUUUGAAGCAUUAAUGAACAAUUUUAAUAAACUUUAUGACUAGGUUAAAAACAGUAGCUUGUUUUAUUUUGAAGGCACAUUUAAAGUUAGAUUAAACGCAGGGUUGACAUUCUAGCUGAUCUGGCUCAAUGCUGUGAUCAGGGAUCAGGAUUUUUGUUGGUCUUUUGCCUUUCUCUGUGACUCAGAGAAAGGAAACAAAAACAAAAACAAAAAACAAAAACCCCAAGAGAAACCCAGCAAAGAGCAGAGCUGGAAGCUUUAGCCCGUUCUUGUUGCCUCAUUUUAUUUCCUCUAAUCACUUGCUUUAGCUGCCUGCCGCUUGGGUGUUGUUUGGGGAGGAGGUGUUUGUGUUGGGGGUUUUUUGCGCUUCUUGCUGUUCUGAACGUGUAGAGCAAGAUGUGCUAUCCAAACCAUGACCAGUCUUUGGCAAAGUAACACCAAGUCUGAAGUGGGAGGGAGGAAGAAAAAGUAAGGGAGGAAGCUUGAAAUGAGUUUUUGUUUGGGGUUUCUUUUUUUUUUUUUCUUUACAGAGUUUCUAUUCUCUAAGUUAUGAUUCAGCAUUUCUUAUGUUUGUAGUUUACAGGAAUAAACAUGAGAAAGUAGCAUUUCUGUUGGAUGUCGGUAAUUUCGGUCAUUGCUCAGGAAGCUCUCAUGAAACCUGGCCAGGUGAGAGGCAUAUGAACGACUCCCUUAUCUUUUCUCUUGAGACAUUUUUCUAAAAACUGUAGAUAGAGUUUCUCUGAUGAGAUGUGUUUGUUUCUGUGUGCCUGGAUGUUUGCUGGGGGCAAGCGACAGAUAAGGGGGGGGGGUGGCAGAGGAGGAGGAAGUUUGUAGCAGGCCAUAACUUUAUUUCAAAGAAAACUAAGGCUCUGCCUGCUGAUGGAACAAGCCAGCCUUGCCAGGGCUCCCAGGUUGUGUUAUUUGUGUAUAUAGCUGCUGUGUCGAGGUCUGUAAGAAGUUAACAGUCUCAAGCUGGUUACGUGGAGGGAGUUGGGCAAAUGAUCGGGUCUUACUCAGCAUUUUCCAUUUUCCUGUUAGGCCAAAUUUAAGCAUUAAGUUUUUAGAUCCAGAUUCCCAGUGCCCCAGAAAAGAAACUCCUUAAUCAUCUAUGCUCUGUUUGACAGCUGAACACAGAAUGGGUUUUCAGUAUAAAGACAGUAGACUUGAAUUUGCUGCUAUACAUUCCAGUACAGAUUGCAGAAGGACAAAUCUUCAAUUUGUUGCUUAUUUCUAGUGUUUCUUUAAGGAAAGCAUGUUUGCUCCUGAAAGAACUGUUUUGCUUUUUUUGACACUUAAGAUAAUAGCCUCCUGCGGGUGAAUCUCCCAGAGCUCUUUCUGGAAUUUGUCACAUAUUCCCUGCUCCCGCAAUGCCUCCAUAGCUCCUGCUAGGAGCUGUGCAGUAGUAAGCAGUGGAGUGUUAGUCCUGAUACAGAUUUCACCCAUUUGCUUUUUAAUUUGUACAGUGCAGUUAAGUUGUUUUUAUGAGACCCUAAGAAUAGAUUUUCUUGGGUGAGCUAGCUCCUGCACCAGCAUGACUCAAGUUCUUGCAGGCAAGAUAGACGUUAGAUCUUGUCUUGACUGUCCCUCGUGACGAUGAUUACUCCAGCCUCCUGUGGCUGUUUAUUCUACUAUUCUUCUAGUUACGAAACUUAUCCACAUCGUUAGAUCCUAUUUUCUUGUUGUGCUGUAGGCCAUGUAAUGUUACCCAAACUUACAAGCAGUGUUCCCAGUCAGAACCGAGUGCUGCUGAGGGUGGAAUUGCUGGAGGACUGAAGAUGUCCUCAGAUACAUUUCUUUCUUUCUUUCUUUAUAAAUGGUAAAGCUUCCAACAAAAGUUCAGUUUGUGGGGGCUGGAAGGCAGGGUAGAUUGAAAGAUAAGAUGUACUAAAGGUAUUUAUAUUUGUUUAAAUAAUAGUCCGGUUUUGGAGAUAGAGCUCUAUCAGGCAUGAAUGAGCUAAUCCCCGUCCUUAAACUUUGCCUGCCACAGUUCAGGAUAGCCAGUGCGGUGUUCCUGCAGUUUAAAGAAUGAUGUUUAAAUUACUGCUUUAUUCCAAUGUAUCUCUUAAUUAGCAUUACAGAUUUCUCGUUCAGGAGGAAACUUGUGCAGCAAUGAGUUUUUGCCAGAAAGAUGCAGUUACAGACAGGAAAGUUGAGGACAUAAAUGCACCAGUUUUACACUAGUCUCAGAAGGAAUCCGUGAAAGAGUCAGAAAGAGAAUUCCCGAAUCCUUCAUUCUUAAUCUUGUAUUUCCCACAUAACUUACAUUUUAGGAGCUUUGUAGCAUGAUUAAAUGCACGGAGGUCAUGAAAUACCCUGCUUUAUAAACAAGCAUAUGAAAAAGCCCCUGUAAUUAAAACAUUUCCUCGAAAAAAAUAAUCUGGAAAAAAAUAGUUUGGAAAUGAAUCUGAGAAAACUCCAAGCACUAAAGUAGACAAAAGAUUCCAAAUACCAUUUCUAAUCACAGUGGGGGAAUUGGAAAAUCCCUGUCCAAACAGUGGCUCAGUUCCGAUUAUUGAUACAGUUUCCUAUUACAAAUAAGAUUCUGUUGACUGAAAGCAGUACUGUGGUACGUCUCGGUUGUCUUCUGACAGGGUCUCUUGAGCUUCUUUUCCUAAAGUGACUUCGGUACAGCUUGUGGUAAGACUUUGCAGUCUAUCUGCAGGCAACCCUUGCAGAGUAGUUAAGGCACUUACUCCAGUAGUCUGUUUUGAAUUUUAUGGAAGUUUAUAAACAGCAUUUUGUUUGGGCUUUUUUUUCCCCCCCUUUCAAAUUAUUUAUUACAUUGACUGAUUCAUACAGGUUUUUCUUGUUACUACUAAAAUAAUAGUUUCUUCCUAUGUACAAAUAAGUAAGAUCAAAUCCCUAGCACUGACAUCCCCUUUGCAAAGCAUCUAGCACUGUUUCAUCAUUUGCUAGGUGUUUGAAUUCAGUUGUGCUUAGUUCUGCAAAAGGAAUCAAAUGUAUAAUUUUAAAACAAAAUAUUUAAAAUACAAUACAAUUUUGUUAGCAGUUCAUCUAUCUAUUAAUAGAAAUUAUUAACUCUCUGCUUAUCUGUCCAAAGCAUGUAUAACCCCGUGCAGCUCUGACACUGUGGUGUUGCUUUUAGACUUUUCCCACUGCCUUCCAUUAGUGACUGUUGGAAGAUGCAGGAAAAUUUACGCUUGUUGCUAUACUAAUCGUUUCUCCUCUAUCAAAUAAAAUCACCCAAAUUGCACACAUGCACCAAAGGGUUAUUGGGCGGGAGACUUGAUCACAUUUGAUAACAGUAUGGUUUUUUCCUCAUUGAAAUUCUGCGAUAGCCUUCAGAUAUUGAAAUUACAACCUGAAAAAAGCUUUGUGCACAAUGUUAACCUUUACCAUUUCAUUGCUAGAACAACUGUCAUUGAUGUGGAUGUGUAUAAAAAUAUGAAGUUACUCUCAUACUAGCUAGUUUUCAAGCAAUGUUUCAUUAGCUGUGACCAGAAUAAAAGUCAAUGCAACUCAGUAUCUGCUUUAAUAAAGAGAAAAAAUUUAUAUGAGGCCAAA